AUGAAUUACGUCACCAAACUAGUCACGUCGAUUGUUUAUAUCUCGCCCUCGCCACUAUUUCAACCCACAACAAACUUUUAUUUUGCGCGAGCCGCCCCAGGAUAUACGGGUCUUUUCGCGGUCUGCCCUCCAAUCUCCAGAGAGGAGGUAAAUGGCUGGCCACCCUUACGGGAGCAACGAGAAGAUAUAAUAAUUUAUAGCGUUGCUCCCGUUGCCAGAAACGUCUGCUGGCGACAUGAGAAACGACCUUCGUGUCCGCCGGCGGUCGUGAUGGAACACGGCUUUGGAAUAAAAGAUAUUCCAACCUGUUGGUUCACGUCGAAUGUGAACCCGAAACGAGGACGGGGCGGUGGUGUUGCAUAUUCCACACCACCGCAUUCCCGUGUUUGA